AUGGCUGCCGCGUCCGGGAGAGUCCAGGCCACCGCCGCCAGCUCCGGCGCCGACGGUGCUGCGUGCGUGGUGUCGCCGGUGCUUCGAGGGCCCAGAGAGUCUCGUGACGGGGCCCUGCUUUCCGUCGUGCUUUCAAGGCAGUCGGAAGGUGUGACCCAAAUGUUGUUUUUUACUGAUAGAUAUUUCACUGGCUUCAAGCUCGGUGACUACCUCCUUGAGGAGAAGGUAUUCCUCACAAGUACUGUGAUGGCAAACAGAACAGGCGGCGUAGCAGUAACAAUGCCUCAAGACGUGUCGAUGCAACGAGGACAAUCGCACUGUAAACUUCGGAGUGAUGAAAAGAUGUGCGUCGUACAGGACACUAAAUCAGUCCUCCUUUUCUCUGCAUUCGGAACUGAGCCAGAAGGCAAAUGCAAGAGAUGGGCAAAACAUGAAAAGAAGAAAGUUGAUGUAACGCAACCAGGCGUGGUCAGCAAAUACAAUGCAAGCAUGUGUGGAGUCGACAUAAUCGAUCGCUACAUCUCGUACUAUCGAAUUUCUCUACGAAAGCGCAAGUGGACAGUGCGAGUUUUCGCACCUUUUUUGGAUUUCGCGUGCUGCAACAGUUGGAUCGAAUACCAGAGAGACUGCGAAAGGGCGCUGUCUCCAAGGAAAGAUAGACUUGAUCUUCUAGCUUUCAAUGUUAAUAUAGUCAGCAUAUUCCUCAAAGCUGACAACUAA